AUGAAAACAAAGGAAGUACGCAGCACCUUUGGCAUGUCUUCCUUUCUGCAGCGUGUUUCGGUAGCAAAGGGUCUCGCACUGCUAACUUGGGGCGUCAUGAUGUUCUUCAUGCUGCCGAACGCCAUAUUAUCCAACCAGCCCAUGCCUAAGGUUUUCUCCUGCAUGGCCCUGAAGAGUGACCUGGGUCAGCACUGGCACGAAAUGUCAGCCCACUUCAACGUUGGAAUCUUCUGGGUGGCGUUCCUGCUGAUGGUGUUUUGCUACACCUCCAUCGCCUAUCAUGUUUACCGCUCUUACAAACGCGUGCAGCAGGAGAGCAGUGUGGCGAGACGGCGGUCAAACCGAAGCAUCUUUAGCUUGCUGGCUGUUUUUGUCUUCUGCUUUGUUCCGUACCAUGUUUGUCGCGUGCCCUACACGCUUAGCCAAAGCCACAAGGAUGAUUUUAGCCCCUACAACCGCUUCAUUCUCUUCCAGAUCAAAGAAGCUACGCUCUUCCUCUCUGCCCUUAAUGUGUGUCUGGAUCCUGUCAUCUACUUUUUCAUGUGCAGGACAUUCAGAGAGUCGCUUUUGCAGAAGAUGUCAUCAGUAAACCGCGAAAACAGGAGGCCUUCAAUAGGCACUGGGCUCAGUAUCAGCAAUCUGUAAA